AUGUGGAAGCAGGAGUGGCGCUCCGAGCCGCCGUCUUGGCAAGUUUUGAGUAUAUCGCGUAGCGGCCCUUGUGUUUUUUCGCAGAACACACGAAAAAACACCGAACUCCAUCACACCUGCAAAAUAACCACAAGCGACCCGCGAGCGCUCCCGAUGAACUUCCUGUUCAAAUCCAUCUCCGGGUUUCAGUUCCCGUACUCGCUGGAGUCAACUCCAAGCGUCACUACGCCCAUUUGGGAGGCCACCAACGGUCACAGAAAGUCUGACUCUCUUCCUGUGACUGUGUUCAGCUUCCAGAAGCAAAGAAAUGGAGCCUUAGAUGCAAUGAUCGCUAACGCAGUGCAUUAUGCAAAAGUUUUGAAGCUUCCAGGCAUCCUGCGGGUCGUUGACGUUCUGGACACCAAUCAAAACACGGCUUACGUUGUCACUGAGAGGGCACACAUACUGGACACCAAAGGCCUCAGUCAGCAUGCGUUGAGCUUGGGUACCCUCCAAGUGGCUGAGACACUUGAGCUUCUUCACGCCCAAGCGAAAGUUGUACUGGGAACGCUCUCCAGAGGUACCGUGUUUGUCAACGAACGCGGUGAAUGGCGCCUUUUCGGCCUCGAGUUGUGCUCGAAAAUUUCGGACCUCUCUCACAUGAAACAGAAUGUGAGCUCGUACCUGUCAUUCGUUGCGGGCUCCGGCCUUGAAGUUCAGAUCUCGCCCUCAUCUGCCGCAGAUGCUGUCCUACUUUCCAAAUUCAUUCAAUCCAUUUACUCCCAUCCGCCGUCCGAAUGGAAACCCCUUCUAGUUGGGUUAGAACAAGGCAGACUGACACUUUCACAGUUUCUUGCGCGUUCCAAGAAUACGCAACCUUUUCAGUCGCCGUUGAUUGCAAUGUACCAAGAUCUCAGAGAGUUCCAUAUAAAAGAUCCUCAAGGCAAGGUAGUGGCGAUGUCGGACCUUCAACGCAAUAUUAUGGAUGACCCUACAGUUUUAAGAGGUAGCACACCAGGUUUCGUCGAAGGCCACCUUAUCCCUGAAAUAUCUCAGUGCAUUGCAUCGAUAUUAGGGGCUCAGAAAACACAGGCUUUGACUGCUACUAGUGCAAAUGUCAUAACGUUUGUUGCGUCCAUCAUGGAGCUUACAUGCUCUGAUGACCCUGUCACAGACUCGGCGUCAGUUUUUGCUCACUACGUCAAACCGCUUAUCUUUGAGAGUUUCAAAUCACCCGACAGACAGCUGCGUUUCUUGUUGCUGGUCUACUUCGCAAACUACCUCGAAAAGCUCACUAACAAUGAGGUCUCAGAUCGCAUAUUUCCUCAUUUCGUUCAGGGGCUUGCUGAUUCGGACGCAACAAUGAGGAUUGAAACUUUGAAGAAGAUACCCGAUGUCACGCCCCUAAUUACCGAACGCCAACUGAACAACGACCUGCUGAGACACUUGGCUAAAACUCAAGUUGAUGCGGAUGUCGAAAUCAGGACCUGGACUAUCCUCACCAUAUCAGGGCUUUCGAAAAAGCUUUCCCCCUCCAACAAUCGAUCAGGUAUUCUCGCUACUGCAUUUACGAAAUCUCUCAAAGAUCCACAUGUGAAGCCUAAGCUGGCUGCUCUUUACGGCCUUGAAACUUCGCUUGAGCUUUUUGAUGUGACGACUAUAGCAAACAAGAUUCUGACAGUAAUCGCGCCUGGCCUACUCGACAGUAAUGGGCAAGUUAGAAGGAAAGCAAAGAACCUUUUUAGGCUCUAUCUUUCUAAACUGGAAGGGGAGACAGAUCAAAUCCCAGCUGACGAUAGCGAGGAAGUUGAGGUUGAUUUUGACGCAAGCUUGAGGAAAGAAAAUGGGCAAGUAAUCCAGCAAUUCAUGAGCAAUUUGAAACUUUCAACGCCGCCAAUAAUGUCACAGCCGCAGACUCAUGAUCUUGCUGAGAAUACUGGAGAUGAUGAGUGGGCUCAAAAUAAUGAUGAAUGGGCUCAAAAUAACGAUGAAUGGGAUGAUGAUGAAGGCUGGGAAGGUGAUCUGGUUGAUGAUAUCGACGCUGGCUUGAGUAAACCAACUCAGGAAACAAAAGGCGGCCACCAGGCUAAGGUACACAUCGGACAAGUUAAAAUUCAAAAAUCAUGGAAUAAAGACAUCGAAAAUGAUGACUGGGACUCGUGGGACCAGCCUGCCGAUUUGAGUACAAAAGCUGCGUCAAAGACUUCUAAGCCACCGACUUCCAAGGUCACCGCCAAAAGGACGAUUAUAAAGGCUUCAAGGCAAAAAAAAGAUCAAAAACCAAAUCCAAUAGCUGAGAAAGCUGAAGUUUUCGAAGGGUUCGAGAACGAUGGCGACGAUGGAUGGGGAGACGACUGGUAA